CGUUGUAAAUCGGCACUGGACCUCUCUGAUCCACACGACUGUUCUUUUAAGCCAUGGAUUCUGCGAAGAAACCUGGUGGCGAAACUUCGAUGCCGGCGCAGGCGGAGGAGCACACGGAGACCAAAAGCCGGAAAAGCCCCAGGAGACACAAGCCGCGGGACGGCAAGCGUCGGGGCACGUCGUCCAGCGACGAUGGAACGGGAAAGAGCGUCGACUCUGCCGCGUCGCAGACGCCGAGCUCCAGCAAGACUGGGACGCACUCGAGCAAAAGCUCAGACAAGGGGGCGCCAGAAUCUCAAAAGCCUCCAGAAGCGGCCCCUGCUUCCACCGCGGCGCUGCCGUCCCACACCUCUACCACACAGGAUGCACCGAAGCCUCCCGAGGCUAAAAUGCAGCGUCCUCCUCCAGCGAGAACUGGGCCAUCGGCGACAAAAGUUCACGUUGCCCCGCCAACCGGCGAAAGAAAACACGAUAGGGCAUUCCUGGCGACUGUGGUGACCACCGCCUUGAUCAUGAUUGGUGUCGCACUGGCGCUGGUGGGUAUCAUGCUCGGGGCGACACCGCCGGACGUCCAACACGUUUGCCCGCCACCCGACAAGCCUCUCGCUGAGGACACCGUUCUGCUGGCUACGAAGGGAGGUCGUCUAGUCGGCCGCACGGUGACCGUGGACGGCGUGGCCCUUACGCGCUUCUUGGGCGUCCCGUUCGCCCACGGCACGGCGGGCCUUCGCCGAUUCUUGGUGCCGCUGCCUAUGGGUCCCCCUCAGGACCCGUGCGCGGUUCACGAACACCUCGAGCCGCGGCCUCCUUGCGUCCAGUGGAGCAACGGCAGCGUGAUCGGCUCCGAGGACUGCCUGCACGUGAACGUAUGGAUGCCCGCGGCCACGACCGGAGGCAACGGCACUGGCGGAGGACGGGCCUUGGUGGUGGCGGUCUCCGGAAGCUGGUUCGAGACGGGCUCCAACGACGACCCCGAUUGGCCACAACUGGCUGCCAAGGGAAACGUGGUCGUCAUGGCGCCCAACCAUCGGCAAGGCGUGUUGGGAUUUCUGCACCCGUCUCCGGUUGCCGGCGUGGUUCAAGACCCGGCCGUCGAUGACGUCGUGUAUGCCGUGCAGUGGGCGCUCGACAACGCCAAGUUCUUCGGCGCCGACUCAAAGCAACUGGUGCUGGUAGGGCGUGGGUCUGGUGCCUACCUGCUGUCGAUGGCCUCCAGCUGCAUGCCCAAUGGUACGGCUCUCCGGGCAUUCUACCAUGGCAUGGUCUAUGGAUCACCGCUCCCACUCAAUCCGUCGGACAAGAACGAGCCGUACCGCAGCCUGGCUUCGGCGCUUGGCUGCAACGGCACUGCGGACAAAGGCGCGAACGUGUCGGCGUGGCUGCCCUGCUUCCGCGCCGCGACCGCCGACCGCCUGGUGAGCGCUGCGCGAAGCUUUUCCGAAUGGCCGCUGCGGUUCGCGCCACGCGUCGACGUCCGGUUGCUGCGGACGAAACCCGCUGCCCGGACACGCACGGUCAUCGCGGGACUGGACGUGGCCUACCUGCGGGACUUCUUCGCGAAGCGCAUCGUACCGCUCGCGGAGCGCCACGGAAAUGCUUCCACGUCGGAGGCACUUCUCGACUUCACGCUGAACGUGUUCAACGUGCCGAGCUUGGUGCAGUCGUUUCUCAAGAGCCAGUUCAACAUUGCCAGCAUGGAAAAUUUCGUGCUCCUACUUCCGUGCUGGACGCUGCGCGCAGCCACAGCUGCGGUCGAGGGCUACCACUACCUCUUCGACUCGGCCACGGCCAGCGGGCUCCUGCAUCCGCCCGUGGGUAUCCCACAGUUGGCGCAGUUCGUCAGCCUCGGCACUGCGCCCCCGCUGGCCGACAACAGUCCAUGGCUACCUCUGAGCGAGCUCCGCAAGACGCGCUUCAUCGGCAAGGACGGUCACGAGAACUUGACCAACUUGGACAACGAUUGCAAGAUUUAAUAUAUUAAUGUUUGCGGUCUAUGCCGCCGUCGCACUGACGAGCCUGUUUUGUGGAUCUUCCUGUUCCUUUAAUAAAUGUUGAAAAAGUUCAUAAA